AAUUAAGUGUGAGCUAGGGACCUAAUUGUGAGAAAAUAAUAUUGUUGAGUCUAAUCACAAAAUUUUCAAAUUUUGAGGGACUUAAAAGAGGAAAGAAAUUUGGAUAAGGAUGGCUGAUAUUUUUUUCCUUCUUUCUUCUUCCUCAGCCACUCGAUUCUGCUCAUUCUUUUUCUCCCUGCACCGACUGCACACCCCACUUGGAAAACCGAAUUUUCGGAUCUGCUUUGCUUUGUUCCUUCCGUCUGCUGCUCUUGCUUUGUGGGUGCGAAUUUCUCUGAUUUUUGAUUUCCCGAAUUUCCCCCUGCACUUCUUGCCGGCCUUCCCCCAAACUCGCCAACUCCGGACUUGCUUGCUGAAUUCUGGUAUGUGAUAGCUUAAUCGAAGUCCCAAAUUACCCAUUAGUUGCUGAAAAUUGUCCGUUAAAUUGUUGCCCUGUGCUGUCCGAAUUUUUGCAAAAUAGGGGGAUGAAUUCCGGUAAAAUUAGAACAAAAUUUAAGCAUUAAUUCAAGUAGAAUUUAUGUGAUUCAGUGUUAAUUAGCUGCUGUGAGGUUCUGGAGAAAAAUCCCGUGAAAUUAGCUAUUGUUUUGCCAAUUUCUGGAAGUUGUAGUUACUGUUCAUUGAAUAGUUACUGUUCAUGGUACUGUUCACGAUACUGUUCGCACACUAAUGGCCAACAAUAAAAGGGUUUAAAUGUUUAGUUUAUAUUGAUAAUAAAAUUGAGAUGUCUGGUCAUAUGGUUAUUAAUUUUGGAAUAUUUUGAUUAGGUUCUUGAUUGUUCUGUCAUCCUAGCAUUUGGAGUGAAUUUUCUGUGUUAUGUGAUUGAGGUAGUAAGACCCGAGGCACGGUUAACCAGGGGGAGUGACGAGCUAAAUGGCUAGUCAAUAUUUUGGACUUAGAUCUUUUUGGACUUAGGCCGUUAGCCACAUAUGUUUGACACAGAUGUGAACUAAUAAAUUAAUUUUUUUGUAUACUGAUUUUCCUUGGUUAUAGCCAUGACUAUUUUAUAAACUUUUGCACAUCUG